AUGAAGCCCCGCAGAAGGGCCACUCAGCGCGCCCCGCGGAAGCAGCCACCCGGCGCGGACGGCGCGGGCCGCCGCUGCGGAGGAUGCGUACUGUUCAUCGUGAUCGCGACCAUCUGCGUGCUCGUCUGGGCGUCCACCAACCAAUCUGGCAGCGCGGGCGCUGCGCUCAUCGAGUCCAUUAAACAGCGGCACGCGAGCUUACGAGGAGAUGCGCAACCUGCUGGAUCCGCGGAGGCGAAGGAGGCGGCAAACGAGGAGUCGGCAUUCGCGUCAACGAUCCCGACGUUCUCUCUUUCAGCAGGCAGCGGUUCCGACGACGGGGAGAGCGCGCCUAAAGUAACCGCUGGGGGGGCUGGGGGAGAGGACCCGGGGGAGGAUCGCGAGGGGGAGGGGCAGUUCGGCGUGCCGCGUGAUCUGGCGGACGUGAGCUCGAUGAAAGAAGGGCGACUGGGCGCCGCGCGAGACGCGGACGAGGCGAGCGAGAGAGGAUCGAGAAUGGCGACAGCAGGGGCGCGCAUGGGCGCGGGCAGGGGGAACGAGAGGCCCAUCACCACGGCUACCGAUCUCGAGCCGUCCGCCGCCAAGGCCCUCGAGGACGCUGCCGCUGCGGCCGCCGCGGCGGCUGCCGCCAGUGCGGGAGUAGGCGGAGGCGAGGCGGAGGAGGAAGAAGCGGGAGACGCCGUCACGGCGGUGGUGAAGGGAGCUGGCGCCACCGCAGGUGGCGCGGAAGCGGAUGAGGAGAGCGCGGAGGAGGGCAAGCGCGGAGAGGCGGCUCCGCGGAAGCGGCAGAAGCCGCCGCGAGAGGGGCCGAACGCCAAAUGGGGUCCCGUUAACGGGUCGUUCGAUAUAGAUUUAAGAAAACCCAAGCACCGACCUCUCAUGGUGACGUUAUCUCGCAAGUCCAUGAAGCACGUGUUCCUAGAUGCGACACGGUUCGGGAAGGAGGGCGCGGAUAAAAUGGAUCCGCCUCUCGAGGUGACGCGUGGCUCUCUGUGCCCGGAGUUCGAGCACUCGACAUGGACUUCCAGCCGCACGAAAAGUGGUCCGCGCAGGUGGGUGGCUGCUGCCCGCUUCCCACCACUGCCACUGGAAUGCGUUUGUGGUAACACGCACGCAGCAGGCAACGCAACGCUGUCACCGCUGCACCCAGCGGUCACUGCCCUUCCCCUCUCCACUCGUCGUCAUCCCCUCGCUCCUCCCCUUCCCCCCUCUCCCCCUCCCCCCUCUCCGCCUCUCCACCCGCAGGUGGUGGUGCUGCACAACGUGUACAUCAACGUGGCGGGGCAGGUGUUCAACCGCACGCACCUCUUCGACGACAACAGCUGCGCCGCCGACCGCCCCUUCCACUACGCCGCGGGCGCCGCCACCACCGUGCACCGGUACCGGCACCUGGUGUCGCUGGUGGACUGGUUCGCGUGGAGCCCGCGGUCGUUCCUGCUGGACGUGCUGCCGCUCUUCGUCUCCCUCGACGCCGUGCUGCCCGCCAUGCGCCGCGUGCCCGUGGCCUUCGGCCACCGCCAGCAGCACGCGCUGAGCCAGGCGCAGCAGAUGAGCGCGUACGGCGCGACGGAGCUGCUGGGCGUGCGCGUGGACAAGCUGAACCCGCACGUGCUCAAAGACGGCGAGCUCUUCUUCGCCGACCGCCUCGUGCUCCCCUUGAGGCAGCGGUGUGGGCGGCCGAGCAAGGCGAUGUGGGGGUACCUGCGCGCGCGCCACCUGCUGCCCAAGGCGGGGCUCCCCAUGUACCGCCACGACGCGGAGUUCAAAACAACGUACCGCAAGUGGAAGGCGGAGAAGGUGACGGGCGUGGGGGCGGACUGGGUGGUGGUGCUGGGUGUGCGCGACGAGCGCAAGCCGCUGGUGGAGACGCUGAAGCUGCAGCAGCAGAUGCUCAAGUAUGUGCCGGCGGACCGCAUCGUGGUGUACAAGGAGGGGUCGCUGUCGUUCACGGCGCGCAAGGCGCUGCUCAGCCGCGCCAGAGUGCUGGUGGCCGUGCAUGGGAACAUCCUCGCUGACAUGGUCUUCAUGCCUCCCGGCGGGGCGGUGUUGGAGAUCCGGCCGAGGAGGGAUGGGGAGGCGAUAUUCCACCAACUGGCGGACGCAUGUGGGCUGGCGUACUACCUCACGCUGGCGGACGGGCGUGCGGGCCCCAUGGGGCGCACGGGUGCCGGCAAGCCCUCGGUGCGCGACCCCCGCCAGGUGCACCGCCUGCUCGCCAUGGUGGCCAAGAAGGCGCUUGCUAACCUGCCCUCCAGCUGA